GAAACCUUACCCGAAGUCUUUCGAUAUUCGUUCCCGAAAAAAAGUACCUCAACCUCAACCUACGCUCUCCUACCCGAAGACGAGUCCCAAUUGAUCCCGCACAACGCCAUGGCGCCCCUUACGAUCGCUUCCCGCGCCCUUGCGCGAGGAGUGUCGAAGUCCUGUACCCGCGUCGCCGCCGCACGCACCCUCACCACGACACCCCAGCGAAACGAUGCCGCACAUGGCGGAUCCUACUCCAGCCCGUUCAAGGGCGAGCAGAGCUCGACUAAGAUCCCGGACUUCGGUCACUACUUCAAUAAGGGCAGCUCGAAUACCAACCUGCUCUACCAGUACUUCAUGGUCGGCACCCUAGGCGCCAUCACGGCUGCCGGUGCUAAAUCGACGGUGCAAGAAUUCCUAAAGAACAUGUCCGCGUCCGCCGACGUCUUGGCCAUGGCCAAGGUCGAGGUCGACCUCAACGCGAUCCCCGAGGGCAAGAACGUCAUCAUCAAGUGGAGAGGAAAGCCGGUUUUCAUCCGACACCGUACCGAGGAGGAGAUCGGCGAGGCGAACUCGGUCAAUGUUGCUUCGUUAAGAGAUCCUCAAGCUGACGAGGACCGUGUUCAGAAGCCGGAGUGGCUGGUCAUGUUGGGUGUCUGCACACAUCUAGGUUGUGUCCCCAUCGGCGAGGCUGGAGAUUUCGGCGGAUGGUUCUGCCCGUGCCACGGUUCCCACUACGAUAUCUCUGGACGUAUAAGGAAAGGACCGGCUCCGCUCAACCUCGAGAUUCCCACAUACGAGUUCCCCGAGGACGACAAGCUGGUCAUCGGUUAAGCGAAGGUGGGGGAUUGUGUGCAUGUACAAUUACAUAUCCAACCACUCCACCACCACCACUACUACUAGACUCGUGCCUCACCACCUACCACCAUUUUUCACCGUCGAGCCGGGGGCAGGAUAUGAUAGACAUAAUGGCAAAAAAGAUCGUGAGGUUGCAUGGCAUUCUUUAGAAGUUUUCCCUUGGCGCUGCCAUACUGUACAAAAACAAAUCAAAACUUGUGAAGCUUAAAAAUACCCGUGGUUCUCUUAUGACUUGUUUACUUAUUUGUGUUGGGUGAUGAUAUCGAAUAUCUGGGCAAGUGUCAUUGAUAAUCAAACAAUGGAAUAUUGAGCUAUUCCUUGUCUUGCUACGGGAGUUCCCAAAGCAGAUCAAUCUCUAAUUAUCUAAGAUCUCGAUCGAAUCCAGUUUUUGAUUAUUGAUGAGCGAGAAUUAUUAGAUCACAUCAAGUUAUAUGUGUGCUAAAGACGAGACGAGACUUGGAGAGCACCUCCGCUUUUCUGGCUC